CAAGUCCUUCACUUUCUAUUUAUUUGCAUUACCCUGUCAUCUCUCUGUUCUACAUUAGCGUUUAAGAAAGAGAGAGAGAUGGCAGGGGGGCAACACAAAGAUAUUGAAAAUGGUGAAAUUAAUGGUCUUGAAGACUUGGAGAAGCCACUGGUUGUGCAAAAGAAAGUAGUUGCCUAUGAAGAUGAAGAUGAUGAGGCAGAUAACGGUGAUGGUGGAUCCAUGGCUAUGGUUCUGCUUAGCACCUUUGUUGCCGUUUGUGGUUCUUUUGAGUUUGGUUCAUGUGUGGGCUAUUCAGCACCCACUCAAUCUGCAAUCAGGGAAGAUCUUAAGCUCUCUCUAGCUGAGUAUUCAAUGUUUGGCUCUGUAUUAACAAUUGGUGGAAUGUUUGGAGCUAUUACAAGCGGCCGGAUCGCAGAUUUUCUAGGUCGAAAAGGGGCCAUGAGAAUGUCUGCAGUUUUCUGCAUUAUUGGAUGGCUAGCUGUUUAUUUCUCAAAGGGAGCUUAUUCACUUGACGUGGGAAGGGUUUUCACUGGAUAUGGGAUUGGAGUUUUCUCUUAUGUGGUACCGAUAUUCAUAGCAGAAAUAGCUCCAAAGAAUCUCCGAGGAGGGCUAACGACAUUAAAUCAGCUCUUGAUUGUUACUGGGUCUUCUGUUGCAUUCUUAGUUGGGUCAGUCAUAUCUUGGAGAUCACUGGCUUUAGCUGGGCUUGUUCCAUGCAUUUUCCUGCUUGUUGGUCUCUGCUUUAUUCCCGAGUCACCAAGAUGGCUGGCAAAAGUUGGCCGUGACAAGGAGUUUCAACCUGCGUUACGUAGACUCCGCGGCAAGGAUGCUGAUAUUGCACAUGAAGCUGCUAUUAUUCAAGUCUACAUUAAGAAUCUUGAAACUCUUCCCAAAUCUAAACUCCUGGAUUUGUUUCAAAGCAACUACAUUCAUUCUGUAAUCAUUGGUGUGGCAUUGAUGAUAUUCCAACAAUUCGGAGGAAUUAAUGGAAUCGGAUUCUACGCAAGUCAGACUUUUGAAUCAGCUGGACUUUCUUCUGCAAAAAUUGGAACCAUAGCUUAUGCUUGUGUUCAGGUUCCUAUAACCGUAGUUGGAGCAAUUUUAAUGGAUAAAUCAGGAAGAAGACCACUUAUUAUGGUUUCUGCAACCGGGACGUUUUUCGGCUGUUUCUUCACAGAAUUUUCUUUCUUUCUUAAGGUAUGCCUAUCAGAACUGUUAUGAACCCAAUUCAUAUUUUGUCUGGUGCUUUCAGUUUCAAUGUCUAAAACUGGUUCUCUUAUGAACUUUGUGUUGUAGGGGCAUGACUUGUUUCCUGAGUGGGCACCGUUGUUAGCAGCCGGAGGAGUACUGAUUUACGUCGCUGCCUAUUCAAUCGGUAUGGGAGCAGUUCCUUGGGUAAUAAUGUCCGAGAUCUUUCCGAUUAACAUAAAGGGUGUUGGUGGAAGUUUGGUUGUACUGGUCAACUGGUCGGGUGCUUGGGCUGUUUCCUACACUUUCAACUUCCUCAUGACCUGGAGUUCCUCUGGUACAUUCUUCGUAUACUCGGGUUUCUCCAUCUUAACCAUACUAUUCGUGGCGAAAUUUGUCCCGGAAACCAAGGGGAAGACUCUUGAAGAAAUCCAGGCUUGCGUCAAUUCAAAAGGAAGCACACAGCUACAAUGACUGCAAUGGUAGUGAUAUGACUAAAGUCAUGCACAGUCUCUAUUUGGAGGCAACAGAGAAGCAGGCAUCUUCUCUGUUAUCUUCGCGGGAUCUUCCACGCUCCGCUAGAAGCAUUAUGUGGAAUGAACCCGGACUACAUUGCAGAGAAGAGAAGCCAUUGAGAUAGAUAGAAUGGCUUGUGGGAGGAGGUCCAUUCAUUAUUGUGUUACUUUUCAGAGAGUUAGAGAGUUGCAUUGUAAGCUUAAUCUGUACUCAUACAGCUUAUCAAGAACUGAUAAGAGGUCUAAUAAAGAGAAAAUUUACCUUCAA